AUGAACCCAGCCGACUCUGUCGAGAUCGGCGACGCCGUCGCCGCCCAGAAGAACGCUCACCUCGAUCAUCUUCCCUUGGGGAAGGAGGUACACCUCGAGAAGGAUGUCAUCGCCAGAGAGUCCAGCAUUGAGGAGGUUCCAGCUACCAAGGAGUAUCAUGCUGGCGGCGAGGAGAGUGAGGCUCUCAACAAGCUUCACCCAACUGCCGAGGAGAUGCAAACUCUCCGCCGCGUUUCUGGUAAAAUGAACUGGAUUACCUUCUCCGUGGCUUUCGUCGAGCUGUGCGAGCGUUUCUCCUACUACGGAACCACCGCUGUUUUCGUCAACUUCAUCCAACAGCCUCUUCCCCCAGGUUCAACCACCGGUUCCAUCCCCGGUACUGGCUCAGAAGUGCCUGGUGCCCUCGGUAUGGGCCAGCAAGCCUCUACCGGUUUGACUUUGUUCAACUCUUUCUGGGCCUACGUUAUGCCGCUCGCGGGUGCCUUCCUCGCAGAUCAAUACUGGGGUCGUUUCCGAACAAUCAUGUUCUCCAUCGUCUGCGCUUUGGUCGGUCACACUAUUCUCAUCAUCUCCGCCAUUCCCCCCGUGAUUGCCAACCCCAACGGUGCUAUCGCCUGUUUCGCAAUCGGUCUAAUCAUCAUGGGUAUGGGUACUGGUGGUUUUAAGUCCAACAUCUCCGCUUUGAUCGCGGAGCAAUACCCUGAUGAGCGGCCUUACAUCAAGACACUGCCCUCAGGUGAACGCAUCAUCAUCGACCCUGCUGCUACCGUUGCUCGUGUCUACCUCUACUUCUACCUUUGCAUCAACGUCGGUUCGCUUACCGGUCAGAUCAGCAUGGUCUACGCCGAGCGAUAUGUGGGUUUCUGGCUGUCAUUCCUGCUGCCCACGAUCAUGUUCUGCUUCUCCCCUCUCGUGCUGUACCUAUGCCGCAACAAGUACAUCCUGGUGCCUCCAACUGGCUCCGUUUACACCCAGGCCUACCGUCUGAUCAGGGAAGGCAUCAGGCACCACUGGUCUGUGACCACGGUCAAAGUGGCUGGCAUCCCAUUCAAGAGAUACAAGAAGAACGGUACCCCCUUCUGGGAAACCGUCAAGCCCAGCACUCUGGGAGAUAGCCGCCCUUCCUGGAUGACAUUUGACGACGCGUGGGUUGACGAAGUGGCCCGUGGUCUGAAGGCAUGCCGGGUGUUCCUCUGGUACCCCCUGUACUGGCUCGCCUACAACCAAAUGCUUAACAACCUCACCUCUCAAGCCGCCACUAUGAAACUUGGUGGCGUCCCCAACGAUAUCAUCAACAACUUCAACCCUCUCGCCCUCAUCAUCUUCAUUCCGAUCUUCGACCGAGGGCUCUACCCCUUCCUCCGCCGUGUCGGGAUCAACUUCACGCCCCUCAAACGUAUCACAGCUGGUUUCUUCAUGGCCGGGAGCGGGAUGAUAGUCGCAACGGUCACUCAGCACUACAUCUACAAGAAAGGCCCCUGCGGUAAAGAGGCUAACAGAUGUCUGGAGGAGGGCAUCCACGUCAACAUCUCUGUUUGGGUGCAAGCUCUUACCUACAUCCUUGGCGGUAUUUCUGAGAUUCUGGCCUCGGUCACAUCCCUCGAAUACGCUUUCACCAAGGCGCCCAAGAACAUGCGCAGUCUCGUCCAGGCUGUCUCGAUGUUCAUGAACGCUUUCUCAGCUGCCCUUGGUCAGGCCUUUGUUGGUCUAUCCACGGACCCGCUGCUCGUGUGGAACUACGCUGUGGUUGCGAUCCUGGCCUUUGUUGGCGGCAUUGGCUUCUGGUUAACCAACUACAAAUUGGAUAGGCAGGAAGAUGAACUGAACUCUCUUGCUCAGUCGAAGUUUGUGGGUCAGGGCAUGAAGCAGGAUGAGGAGGCGAAAGCCUAA